GAGAGGCGAGACACGAGACCACUUUGGCCAUGAGACCGCUCUUCGAACCAUGCAGAAGCCACUGAGAGAGCUGGGCCGAUUGUGCCUGAGCGCGGGCGAGCAGAGCAACGAGGUCGUGACGGAAGUUCGCGCGGAGCCUCGUGGCGGGCUUCCCCUGCUCCAAGUAUGGCCGAGCGAUUCGCCAAGGGGCGAGGCCGAUGGACAGGCGCAGGCAUUCGUGUUUCCGGAUGUCCAGGAGAACGUCAACGACAGCGGCAUCGAGUCCAUACAGGCAUCGCCUUCGCCGUGCGGCGUGGCAAGCACUAGUCCAGCAGCCACGCCUCAACAAUCGCGACGCGCCAGCCUACUCCAUCCGGACCACGCUCGGCUGCAGUUGCACCAUUUGCAUCACAAUCACCACAAUUCCGGGAUUAAGAGUCCACCGACACCGGACAGGACGUCCAUCGACGAGGAGCCCCCACUCCCGCCCAGCCCUUCGAGUUCGACAACCAGCAGCCUCCGCUCCAUGCCCAGCUCCGCGAACGCCCAGAUGCACUCGCAGGACAGGAGACGUAGCAGCAGGUACAGCAUGUUCGACGCCCUGGACCUGGAAUACGCCCUCCUGAGGGCGGCAGCCCGCGGCUCCGUGGGUCCCUACUCCCUCUCGGAGUCCCUCCACAAGCUGACCUUCACCCAGAGCUUGGCAUUUCCCGCGCUUGCCCGGGGCCUGGCCUCGAAGCAGAGCGUGCCCACGAGGAGGCCCCAGCAGCACACGGAGAGCGGAUUGAACGCGUUCGCCAAGGUGGUGACCGCGCUGGUAUUGGUAUUGGUCAGCGUGCUCGUGUUCGGCGUGGUGUACAAGUUCGUGAGGACGUGAGGAUGGUUGCUGGUGCCCGAUCGGCCGGCCGACUCCUCGCAGGAGUUGGAUCGGCCGGGCCCCGGCGACGCCUUCGACCACUGAACGGUCGAAACUCCUCGAUCCG